AGGGGAGGGGAGGCUUCCGCUCAGCCGAGAGGCAAGAUGGCUACGGCUGGGGGCGGCUCUGUGGCUGACCUGGGGAGUCGGAGCCUUCGCUUUCUGUCUUUCUGCGUCCUGCUGGCAGGUUUGUGCAGGGGAAACUCAGUGGAGAGGAAGAUCUACAUCUCUUUGAAUAAAACAGCUCCUUGUGUCCGUCUGCUCAAUGCCACUCAUCAGAUUGGCUGCCAGUCUUCCGUUAGUGGGGACACAGGGAUCCUCCACGUGGUGGAGAAGGAAGAGGACCUGCAGUGGGUGCUGACUGACGGCCCCAACCCCCCGUAUGUGGUUCUGCUGGAGGGCGCGCUCUUCACCAGGAAUCUGAUGGAGAAGCUGAAGGGGACAGCCAGCCGGAUCGCUGGCCUUGCAGUGUCCUUGACCAAACCCAGGCCUGCGUCAGGCUCCUCUCCUAGCGUGCAGUGUCCCAAUGACGGGUUUGGCAUUUACUCCAACUCAUACGGGCCAGAAUUUGCCCACUGCAGAGCUAUCCCAUGGAAUGCCCUAGGCGACGGCUUGGCUUAUGAAGACUUUAGCUUCCCCAUCUUCCUGCUUGAAGAUGAAAAUGAAACCAGGGUCAUCAAGCAGUGCUACCGCGAUCACAACCUGAGCCCAAACGGCUCUGCGCCGGCCUUCCCGCUGUGCGCCAUGCAGCUCUUCUCCCACAUGCACGCCGUCGUCAGCACCGUCACCUGCAUGCGACGCAGCUCCAUCCAGAACACCUUCAGCAUCAACCCAGAAAUCGUCUGUGACCCCCUGUCCGACUACAAUGUGUGGAGCAUGCUUAAGCCUAUAAACAUGUCCGGGGCAUUAGAGCCUGAUGACAAGGUUGUGGUCGCCGCCACCCGGCUGGACAGUCGUUCCUUUUUCUGGAACGUGGCCCCAGGGGCUGAAAGCGCCGUCGCCUCCUUCGUCACCCAGCUGGCUGCCGCCGAAGCCUUGCAGAAGGCACCUGACGUGCCCUCCCUUCCCCGCAAUGUCAUGUUCGUCUUCUUCCAAGGGGAAACGUUUGACUACAUCGGCAGCUCCAGAAUGGUGUACGACAUGGAGAAGGGCAAGUUUCCUGUGCAGUUAGAGAACAUCGACUCCUUCGUGGAGCUGGGGCAGGUGGCCUUAAGAAACUCUCUGGAGCUUUGGAUGCACACAGACCCCAUGUCUCAGAAAAAUGAGUCAGUACACAAUCAGGUGGAGGCCCUCCUAAGUACCCUGGAGAAGAGCGGGGCUGGCGUCCCUGCCGUGGUCCUCCGGAGGCCCAACCAGUCCCAGCCGCUCCCACCAUCCUCUCUGCAGAGGUUUCUUCGGGCUCGAAACAUCUCCGGCGUUGUCCUUGCCGACCACUCUACCGUCUUCCAUAACCGCUAUUACCAGAGCAUUUACGACACAGCGGAGAACAUUAAUGUGAGCUACCCCGAGUGGCAGAGCCCCGAAGAGGACCUCAACUUCGUGACGGACACUGCCAAGGCCCUGGCAGAUGUGGCCACGGUGCUGGGACGCGCCCUGUACCAGCUCGCAGGGGGAACCAACUUCAGCGACAGCAUUCAGGCCGAUCCCCAAACGGUCACCCGCCUGCUCUACGGGUUCCUGGUCAGGGCCAACAACUCCUGGUUCCAGUCCUUCCUCAGGCAGGACCUGAGGUCCUACUUGGGGGACGGGCCUCUGCAGCAUUAUAUCGCUGUCUCCAGCCCCACCAACACCACUUACGUGGUACAGUAUGCCUUGGCAAAUCUCACUGGCCAGGUGGUCGACCUCCCCCGAGAGCAGUGCCAGGAUCCGAGUAAAGUCCCCAAUGAGAACAAGGAUCUGUACGAGUAUGCGUGGGUGCAGGGCCCUCUCAACGCCAACGAGACGGACCGGCUGCCCCACUGUGUGCGCUCCACGGUGCGCCUGGCCAGGGCCCUGUCCCCUGCCUUUGAACUGAGGCAGUGGGGCUCUACGGAGUACUCCACAUGGACUGAGAGCCGCUGGAAAGACAUCCGCGCCCGCAUAUUCCUGGUAGCCAGCAGAGAGCUGGAGUUCAUCACCCUGAUGGUGGGCUUCGGCAUCCUCGUCUUCUCUCUCAUCGUCACCUACUGCAUCAAUGCCAAGGCCGACGUCCUUUUCAUUGCCCCCCGGGAGCCAGGAGCGGUGUCUUACUGAAGAGGAGCCCAGCUCCUGCCAGCUCUGCGGUUCACAUCCUAGACCACUUGUCCCACGGGGACAUAAGCCACUGGUGUGUCACUGGAACCUCUCUGGGCCUGCUCAGACUGGAAUUACCAUGAAGAAGUAGAACUGCCCAAAAGAGACAGACAGAAACAAGUUCCCUCUCUCCAGCUGCCCCUCCCUGCCUCCCCUUCCUCAGCCCUGCCAGAUUCCAGGAGGGCAGAUAGAAGCUUCUCGCUCCUAUUUGACUCCUAGCUACCCACCCUACCUUAUCCUUCUUCAGGGUCCCUCUUCCCUUCCCAUCCUGCCCUAGACCGCCCUCUACUCCCCACCCCACCCCAUUCCCAACUUUCCCGACCAGGAAGAAGGACGUGAAGCCUGAAUGCCAGGAACAGACCACAAGGAAGCCCCGAGAUCCCGGCCAAGCAAUCUGUCUCCCUCCUGCUGUCCUGUGUCCAGACCCGUAGAUGGCACCUCGGCUGGGGUGUGCUGCCGGGUCGCCUCCGGCCCACAGUGCUAGCUGUAAUUUUAUUAAGCUGUAAUAUUUGUUUUGUUGUUUUGUGUGUGUGUGUGUGUGUGUGUGUGUGUGUAAAUAUAUAAAUGGCAAGUUUCAUUAAAAGAGACUGUCCCACAAGA